AUGUUCCUCAGUGUGGUUCCCUACAAUCCACAGUAUGGCUUACCGUUCUCUCGAUCUAAACAGGGCAAAGUUGCCGAACUGCGGCAGGAGCUCAACAGUGGUGGAAAAAAGGACAAGAACCAUUCAGCCAAGAAGAUCGCCCUCAAGAAGAUCGUUGCCAACAUGACUAUGAGCAACAAUGAUAUGGUGGCCUUGUUCCCGGACGUAAUCAGUUGCAUGAACCUGCCCAGUCUGGAAAUCAAGAAGAUGUGCUUCUUGUUCUUGGUCAACUAUUCGAGGGCAAAGCCGGAUAUUGCGCUCAAAGCAUUGCCAAUUUUGGUUGACGAUAUGGAAGAUUCCAACCCGCUCGUGCGGGCUCUAGCUUUGAGAACGAUUUCAUACGUCCACGUUCGCGAGUUCGUUGAAGCUACUGUUGCACCGGUCAAGCGACUGAUGCAAGAUAUGGAUCCUUACGUCCGGAAAACGGCCGCAUUCUGCGUCGCGAAGCUCUACGAGCACGACAAGAAGAUGGUUGAGAGCUCCGACUUGAUUGACCGGUUGAACAACAUGCUUAAGGAUGAAAACCCAACAGUCGUAUCCAGUGUCCUUGCCUCCUUGGUCGACAUCUGGGGACGCAGUGAAUCAAUCUCCCUCACCAUUGACUAUGCAAGUGCCUCGAAGCUGGUUUCGAUUCUACCAGAUUGUUCCGAGUGGGGUCAAUCAUACAUCCUCGAGGCCCUAAUGUCCUAUGUUCCCCAAGAUUCCGCCGAAGCGCUGUUGCUUGCUGAGCGCAUUGCGCCCCGCUUGUCACAUUCCAAUUCUGCUGUUGUGCUGACCUCAAUUCGGGUCAUUCUCUACCUCAUGAACUACAUUGCCGACGAGCGACAUGUCACGUCUCUAGCGAAAAAGCUCUCGCCGCCCCUUGUCACCCUCCUCUCCAAGCCUCCCGAAGUCCAGUAUCUGGCGCUCCGCAAUGCCAUUCUUAUUCUUCAGAAGAGACCGGAAGUCCUGCGGAACGAUAUCCGCGUCUUCUUCUGUAACUACAACGACCCGAUCUAUGUCAAAGUGACAAAGCUGGAAUUAAUAUUCAUGCUAACAACGAAAGAGAACAUUUCUGUGGUGCUUGCAGAGCUUAGAGAGUAUGCCACAGAGAUUGACGUUCAUUUCGUGCGCAAAGCGGUGCGCGCCAUUGGCAAGUUGGCGAUCAAAAUUGAGUCAGCUGCACGGCAGUGUAUCGACACCCUUCUCGACCUUGUCAAUGCCAAGAUCCCCUACAUCGUCCAGGAAGCGACCGUGGUCAUCCGAAACAUCUUCCGCAAAUAUCCCAACCAGUACGAGAACAUCAUCAGUAACGUCAUCCAGAAUAUCGAUGAGCUCGACGAGCCAGAGGCGAAGGCUGCCAUCAUUUGGAUCAUCGGACAAUACGCCGAUCGUAUAGAGAACUCCGACGGACUUCUUCAGGACUACCUCGCCACUUUUCAUGAUGAAACAAUUGAAGUCCAGCUUGCAUUAUUAACAGCGACGGUCAAAUUUUUCAUCCAGCGUCCGACCAAAGGCCAGCAGCUGGUCCCUCAAGUUCUGAAGUGGUGCACCGAGGAGACGGACGACCCCGAUCUCCGCGACAGAGGCUACAUGUACUGGCGCCUGCUCUCCACCGAUCCAGCUGCUGCCAAACAAGUCGUGAUGGGCGAGAAACCGCCGAUCAGCGCAGAAAGCGAGAAGCUCGACCCGAAGACCCUGGAAGAACUCUGCUUGAAUGUGGGCACCUUGGCAACGGUAUAUUUGAAGCCGGUCCAGCAAGUCUUCCGCUCUGCGCGGACGAGGCGACUGCAGUACAGUCCGGCUCUGCAGAAGCCGAAAGAGGAGGCCAGCACGGCCGCUUGGCAGUUCCCUGCCCCAGCCCAGGUCGCGGCCAGCCCGACCGCGGCCUCCAAUCAGACUGGCUUUCCGCCAGUAAACGGCAUGAUGGGUGCCCCUGGGGAUAUGAACGCUGCCGUCAGCGCCGCCGACCAUUAUUUCAACAGCGUUGGCAGCCAACAGAUGGCCGCGCUCGAUCUGGGUGGCCGUGGGGAUGGCGGUGCCGGCGGCGGCGGCGCCUCCCAGACACAGUACGUGGUCAAUCAGAAUCAACAGCAGGUCUAUCAACCCCAGUUGGCUGGUGGAGCUGCGACGGGAGAACUUUUGCUGCUGUAA